GGAAGUUCUUUGCCUCCAUUCCAUUCAGGAUAGUAUCUGUGACAAUGAGGUGAACUGUGGUCACCUGAUUCCAUUGUUUGCUUCAUGGCUGAUAUAACAACAUUCGCGUUCAUCGCUUCCAGCGUGCUCAGCGAAAGAGAAUCACUCUAGUGCCGUGUGCAAAAGCAAGAAAAAUCCCCGGCAGAUUUCUUCGGUCAUUAUUCGAGAACAAUUUCGUGCACCUAUUCACAAACAGUGUGAACCGCAAGGAAAAGAGAAAUAAUUUGCUGAAGAUCUACCAGUUAACUGAUUGCUGUUGGAACGAGCUGGAAACAUGACGAUCAACCCCUAUUUGCACGCAUCCGUCGCCAUUCUUAUCGUGAUCUUCAUCUCUUUAUCCUGUGCAAUUAUGGUGCUGCCACUUCUCAACAAAUCCUUCAGCAAGCACAUUUUAUCUUUGCUGACCAUGUUAGCGGUUGGAUGCCUCUGCGGAGAUGCACUUUUUCACCUAAUCCCUCAUUCUCUUGGAGCUGACAAGAAGAUUGUUAUUUAUCGUAACGAGACAUCCGAUAUUGCGAAAGAGGCUCCAAGUGAGAAAGAUAUGACUGUCGUGUGGAAAUGCGCCCUCGUACUUGCAAGUAUCUAUAUGUUCUACUUGCUUAACAACAUGAUGAAUUUUUGCCAGAUUGGGCACACCCAUUCACACGGGCACUCCCAUACCAUUCCUCACGUUACGCUUCCAGUUGAUAAUGAUUCUAACUCAUGCAAAUUGGAGAAGAAGGCCUGGUCUAACUCGAAGUCUGAAAGCGAGAAAUGUAAAGAAAACCUGCCGGAUUCAGAGCGUUCAAAACUUUUAGAAGGAGAUGCACAUAAAAAAACGAAAACUAACUUUCAAAUUGAGGUCGGCGAUGAUGGGCUGUCAUUGCAUAAAAUCCCAAGAAUUGUUUGGAUGAUCAUGAUUGGCGGUUUUUUGCAUAACCUAACCGACGGUCUUGCAGUUGGGGCAUCAUUUGCUGGCAGUUUUCCCGGUGGCAUCAGCACUACUCUUGCAAUAUUAUUUCAUGAAAUCCCUCAUGCGAUAGGAGACUUCGUGGUGCUGCUGAGUAGCGGUCUCCGUGCCAAAGUGGCCAUGACCUUCAUUUCAUUGACGUACUCGGCGUCUUUCGUUGGCUGCUUUACUGGUGUGGCCCUUGGUAAAGAACUCAACAUAGUAGACUGGAUAUUCGCUGUCACAGCUGGAAUGUUCCUAUACAUUGCUUUGGUUGAAUUGCUUCCCGAUACAAUAGAUGACGCUGAAGAGCAUGGGCCGAGACAUAUGAGUAGCUUUUUCUGGCAAAAUGUUGGAUUUCUGAUAGGCGCUGGUGGAAUGGCCUUGAUAGCUGCUUAUGAAGACGCCAUCAAAAACGCCCUUAAACAGUAAUGUUGCUGUUCCGUGUUACCUCCCAGCGAGCAUUAUCACUGUCAUAAUCAACUUCAUUGCGAAAACAGUUUUAAUGAUCAUAAAAGUAAUAUCGUAAGUAUAAUUAUUAGCAUACCACUGCAGCUGUAGUCGCAACCUCCGCAACCGUAGCCGUUACCAGCGCAGCUGUGGUCGUUACCGCGAGAGUCGCAUCUUUUGGCAUUUAGUAGGAUAAAUACCCUUAGCUCGAAUCUUCCCAAAACCGAAUUCGUGAUGGAGUGACAACGAAGAAUUAAGAACUAGCAAAUUUUUGGUGGAUGAAAUAUUAUCAUUAUUAAGGGUUUUGUAAGAGCAGAGGUCAAAUUAACAGGGGGUCUUUUGGCAAAAGAAAACGUACAGACAUUGUCUCAAGCACGAAUUGUUUAUGUUUGCUUGCCCUGAUUAACAAAAUUUCAAACUAAGUUCAUUUGAAUAUAUCCUUUGAAUUUCUGGGGAAAUAUCCUCGAGAUUCGUUCCACGCAACCAAGCGAAGAGGUAUCUUCAGAUUUUCAGAUUCCUCGGCGUCCCAAGAUAAGCAAUUUGUUGUUUCAUACCUUUGCUCAAUGUCGCUGCUGAUGGUUGAAUGAAGUAAUUGUUGGGAAGACGAGCAAGAGGAAGUUUUUUAAUGCGUGAGGUAACCCACCAUUUUAGAGUCAAUUAGCAUGCGCAUGGAUGGAAGGUAUUAUGACGCAUGCUCUCUAACUCCAGGACGGAGGGUUGCCUCACUCACUUGAAGAUUUCAGCGCGCUUGUCUCCCCAAAAGGGGGUAAAACAGGAUUUGAAGAGCACAUAGAGAAGCUGAUAGAACAACACAAUCGAAGCAAAGCGAAUCCCUUAGGUAGCAAGUAAGGACUUCUUUAGACUUUAAACUUAUUGCAAGUUAAAAUUUUGAAUGAUAUUUCAGUCUUAAUCCUAUUGUAGCUGGUAUAUUAUAUAUGGUUUCCCUGCUCCUUGAUAAAUGAUAAUAUGUAGCUGGUGUCUGUAUUUAAUUUGAUUUUUUAUAUUGAGGGGAAAAGUAAAAAACAAUUAUUACCAAAAGCAAUAAAGGGAUAAAGAGAUAAUGUGAUGUGCAAAGUCAAUUGAAUAUGUUUAAAAUUGGCUGAGAUAUGGUCACGUGAGCACAGGCUAUUUUCCCAUCAAACCUCUGUAAUUUGGUUUCUGUCUGUCCAUCACUUUAGAAACAGAGCCAAAGUAACAUCGUUUUUUUGAUGGCCAUAUCUAACCCAAUUUUUAAGAUGUUUAACUGUUUUUGCGUUUUUAUAUUUUUCGUAACGCUCUUUCAGGUUAGGCGUAGUUUAGACAGCGCUUUAUGGGCGCAGCGAAUUAAAUUAUUGACCAUAAAAUAUUGUGAGUGUCAAUUUGAUGUGCUUUUAAUUCGCUGACUAAAUCCGAGAGCGAAGCAAAAAAUUGAAUUCGCUCAUAAUGCGCUCACUUGGGCGCAUUAUCAGCGCGUUAUGAAUCAAAAUAUGAAUCAAUUCGCUUCGCUGUCUAAAAGCCAACAUUAAAUUGAAGCGCUCUACGGGCGCAUCUAAUUGAAUUUAAUUCGCUGCGCCCAUAACGCGCUGUCUAAACUACGCCUUAGGUGAUAAAAAUUGAAACAUUCUUAGAAUAGUUGUUUGAUGACGCAACACAGAAUAUUCUAAUUUUGCUGCUUGAUUCAAGUAAAAUUCUCUUUAAAAUUUUUCAUACAUUUUUAAUAUCAUUUAAAUCAAAUCCUAGGCAUAAAACUCGCCAAGAAAAAAAUGUAAUUGCUCUAUGUUUGUUAACCUAUGAAAAAAAUUGUUGUCAAUUUAAUGAUCCAUUCUGUGCAAAUAGUCCCAACACAGUAAAACCUUGGCGAUGAUUUUUUGUCGAGCAAUACUUAGCAGCUUUACUAGAUGUUUCCAGAUGGAUAAAAUAAAAUCUUUAUAAUUAGUUGUUGUUUUAUACUUAGGGAAAUUUAACUUUUGUAUUUUGGUAUUAAAAAGGAAAAUUAUAUUGGAA